AUGUCGCGAUUGGGAAUGAGGAUGAACACGCACGCCCUCGCAAAAUGCGCAGGCUGCUGGAAUAACACAGGGCUCACGGCUACCGGCAGAGCUUUCCCAAUCCCCGUGCGACAAGCAAUACGGCACGCCUCGACAACAACCCGUUCGAAGGCCAAGUCAGACACUGGAGCCGGCGAGGUGGCCGCAGUUCCCAAGAAGAAGAUCAGCACAAAGACAGCGACGACCGCCACAGCAACCAAGCGCCCCAGGAAGAAGGCUGAGACAACGGCCCCAAGCACGGCAGAGGAGGCUCCAGAACCGGUCAAGAAAACUACGCGGGCGGCGUCCACAAAGAGCACCGCAGCGUCAGUCAAGAAGAAGGCAGAGUCCGCAUCCACGACGGUGAAGGCAGCGGCCACAAAGGCCAAGGCCUCCGCUUCCACGGCCGCAUCGACAGCUAAGAAAGCAGCCUCAGCGUCUGCGACAACGCGCAAAACCUCCGCUGCGAGCAAGGCCGCGUCUGCGAAGUCAACAGAGCCCGUAGUCCCAGUCGAUUCGGAACGUCGCACAUUUGAAAACGCAGCGGACCCUGCAAAAUGGUCUCAGAGAUUCGAAGAGAAGGCAGCCACUAUGAAGCCGGUGGACAGGAAUAGUCCAGAGUACAAGAAGGCGGGCAGGAGCUGGCUCGGGCUGAUGGUCGGCCUGCCAUUCUUCAUCGUCACAUCAUACAUACUGUUCGAACGACGGAAACAACCGCCCCAUCGGCCACAGCCAAACGAGGUGGUGGAAGUCGAAAAAGAGAGCGUCGCAUAG